GUGCGGCCCAGCAGCCCGCCAGCUCACCGCCCGCGCAGGGCCGCGCCCCAGAGGCCGCGGCGGUGGCCGCGGCGGCGGCCCCCAGCGCGGUGGCCCCCGGCAGGCCGCCGCAGGAGCGCGCCCAGGUGCCGCCCCCGGGCGCGCUGCGGUGGCAGCGGGCCUGCCAGGAGGGCGAGGAGACGGAGGAGCAGGGCGCCGUGCGGGAGGCGGCCGGCGAGGCGCACCGGCCCGCGGGGGCCCUCGGCGACCCGCGGCCUCGCGACCCCUGGGCGGAGGCCGAGCCAGCGCCAGCGGCCGCGGGCCACCACGGGCCGACGGGCACCGAGGCCGAGGAGGCGGCGGAGGCGGAUGAGGAAGAGGACUGGGUCCACCUCGCCGCGGGCGGCGCUGGCGACCCCGGCGCACGCCGCGCUGCGCAGGGCGAGCCGGCGGCCGCGCACGCCGAGCGCGCGGCGCAGCACCAGCAGCGCGCCGCCCCGCCGCCGCCGGCGCCCGCGGCUCCGCCUGGGGCUCCGGGGACGGCUCACCCGCCGCCGGGCGGCGCCACCCAGCACGACGCGCACCGGCACCGAGGGAGAACGCGCGGCGUGGGCGUCCGCUCUCCGAGCCACGCCACGCAGCACACGUGCCAGUCGCUGCGGCUCCUGGCCUCCCCGGGCUGGGAGCUGGCCGCCAUGCGGCGCAUCAUCCGGCCAGGCUGCCAGCUCUUCCUGCUGAACUACGAGAGCCGCCACGUCUUCGGCCCCCUGGCUGCCCGGGGCACGCCGGACCUGGAGAUCGUGCCGGAGGCCUUCGGCGGCAGGUUUGAGGCCCAGGUCCUCUUCGAGGCCCCCGAGCACGGCUACCGGCCGCGCGGCAUGACGCGCGGGUGGGUCUCCAGCGGCCCGAAGACGGCCUGGGAGAUGCAGCGGCUGAUCUCGAGCCUGCUGCCGGCAGGGGGCUGCGACGACGAGGGCGAGUGGGCGGAGCUGCGGCAGAGCGGCGUGGAGGCCGCCCGUGCCGCCGCCGGCCUGGCCGCCACACCCGGCGCCCGCGCGCGCGGCGGCCCCGCGGGCGGGGGCGACGUGCUGUCGCGGAGCCGCGCCGCUCCGGAGGGGGGCGCCGCCCCGAAGGCGGAGGAGGAUUGGCUCGUCGUCGGGGAGGCGAGCCCCGAGAAGCCCGUAGACGCCGAGGGCACCGAGCGGCCGAGGCUUGGCGCAACGCUCAGCGUGUGA